AUUAGAAAAAACCGACAGUUUAAAAUUUCGCAUUCUUUUCUAGAACUUGCUGCCAAUUUACCUCAGAUUUCAGUGCAAUACAAUUCCAUUCGCAAGAGACUUUGAUUAUUUGAAACAAAAUGGAGCAAAUGCAAAUUGAGGAACCGGGGCCAGAGGAGGCAACGGGUCAAGACGUGGCACUGCUAGCAAGAUACAAGAGGAUAUGCAGUAUUGGAUAUAAAUGGCAAAUGGUGAUUAUUAUCUCAUUUGUUGUUCUCCUUGCCGCUGGCAUGUAUAUGAUAGUCAAGAAGAGCAACACACGAAGCACACAAAGCCGAAAUUUAUUUUGCAACACGACUGAAUGUUCUCAAACCGCUGCUCAUAUUCGAAGUUCUGUGAGUUCAUCUGCAAAUCCUUGUGAUAAUUUUUACAAAUUUGCCUGCGGCAAUUUUGAUAAGCAAUACAAUGCGAACAAUGUCACCAUAGUUUCUAUGUAUCGAAAGGAUUGGGAAAGUUCGUUAUUGUCUUUGGUAGUGGACGAACCGAUAAACGAAACUAAAUGGAAAGUGACAAAACAUUUAAAGUUGGCACGAAAGUUUUACAAAGCAUGCAUGAAUGUCAUAGCCCCACACAACAAGCCAGAUAUGGCGUUCCUGGAAGCUCUUGAUUACAUUACAGGAGGAUGGCCGAAAAAACACACAAAUAUGAAAUCCGUAACUUGGUGGGACGUCAUGUUAAAAUCGAGGCAAAUUGGAAUGAAUUUUGACUUCUUUUUGAAUGUGAAUAUUACGGAGUUUCCAAAUCCUCACUUCCAGAUUAGCCCACCCGAUGUUGAUCUGAUGAUACUGUUCCAUAAGCUAUGGAUGCCCAGACAUAAAGGAUAUAUUCGGAAAAUUGUUGAAUAUUGGGGAUAUACCGACGCGAGCUUGUUCUGGGAAUUUGAGGAAACCAGGAAAUUUGCAAAUACACUUAUGGAGGCGGUUCUGGGCAGCUAUUUGGAUGUGCAUGAGAUAGACGUGAAUAGUAUACGUCUACCAAAAAUAUCGGAUUUGGUCAAAACUAGAGAUUCCGACCCAGACUGGUUGCCUUUUCUUCAAAAUAUAACAGGUGUUGCAGAUUUAAAGGAAACUGAAUUAGUUUCCUUUAAAAUAAGAUCCGACUCUCACGAAAACUACUUAUCUAGAUUGGCCACAUUAAUCGAAACUACUCCUACCAGACUUUGGAUGAAUUAUGUUAUUGCAUACCAUAUCGUCCGAGAAUAUAAAUAUUUAUCUCGAACUGUUCAAAUUGUGAUUAAUAAGAUAAUGGACGUGGAGGAAGAUUCGAGCAGACAUGACUUUUGCAUCUUUGAAACUGGAAAAUACUUUCAUGCGGAUAUCGAAAAAGUGCUUGUUAAUCAAAUCGUAACGCCUGACAAAAUUAAGAACAUCCGAAACAUGUACAACUACAUAACAAAAGCUCUCGAAGGACAUUUGAAGCAAGCAUAUGCUUCCAAUGAUAUUGUUCGAGAAGGAUCAAUUCGUCAAUUGAAAAAUAUGUCAUUACAUGUCGGAGGGAACGAUUAUUUCUUCAACGACAAGCUGUUCGAUGAAACAUUUGGGAUUAAGCCGGACGACCUUAGUGAUAAUGCAAUAGACUCACUUCAUGUUCUCGAGAAAUUCAGAGUCGAUGACAUACUUAGUUUAAUACGAAGACCGAGUGCAUUUUAUAACAGAUCCUUAGAUAUCGAAGAUAUCGCUUUGACGUACACACGGGAUAACUCUCUAUAUUUGCUUGCCCCAGUUUUGAGAGACCCCACAUACAGCCUUAACCGCCCAGAAUAUAUCAACUAUGGAUCUUUGGGAACAAUGAUCGCACACGAACUAAUGCGUAUGUAUGAUGAUAGAAUUUUCGAUCGAAUCAGCUCCGAUACAUUACCAGUCUGGCAGGCUGAAAUGAAGAAAGACAUGGAAAAUAGCUUAGUUUGUGUAAACCAGUCCUACAUCGAUUACUAUCAGAAACAAUUCAACACAUCCAAUAUACCAUCGGUUGAUUUGGAGGGGCCAAUAUUGGAUUAUGGUUCUGCAAAUAUUGCAUACCUGGCAUACUUGGAUUAUGUGAAUGCGAGUGGUACCGAACAUAAUAUCGUAGGAGUUCCGUAUGAUCCCUAUCAAGUCUUCUGGAUUAUGGCGAGUACUUUCUUCUGUAACAUUCAGAAACUGGAGGAAUCUGAAGAUGCAUGGAACGGAGACUUUCGAAUGUUCCAGCUUCCCAGUUAUCGUGUCAAUGGACCGAAAAUGAAUUCUAUAUAUUUUCCGCAACACUUUAAUUGUAGUCUUGGAACAAACAUGAAUCCCAAGAAAAAGUGUAUUACUUUUCCUUAGUAGGUGAAGUUGGUUAAAUAAAAUAAAUUCACAUGCUAUAAGUGUAUUUAGAACAAAAAACCGAAAUAUUACAAUUUAAUUCAUUUGUACACUAAGACAAUAACAAAUGUAUCAAUUUUGUUUGAUCUAACUAUUUCGGAUUUUUUUGGUUUCACUAACUCGACAAACUAAGUUAAGAAAAUUAGAUUUUGCACGUUUUAGUAAUUUUUAUAUGUAUAUAUGUGUUGUACUUCUUUUAAGAGUUUAUCCUCUAAUUGAAUGAUUACAUCGUUCUAUAAUUGACACUUACCAGACGUCUGUUAAUUUGUGAAAUACUCGGUAAUUAAUUUUAAUUCAGACCCAAAUGUUUAUAUGUAACUUUUUAAACACGUAAAACUAUUUCGUAUUUUUAAAAUUACUUGGCAUAUGUAUUGUUGUUUCUUUCGUUAACGUUGAGUGGGGUUUAUUGAUAGGCUUUGAACACAAUGAUACCUCGGAUUGCUCGAAUCAGAAUAAAAUUUAGACAAUAAUCAAGCAGACAAUAAACGACUAAAAAGUCGCUACUGUCAAAGUUCCCAAUUUCCUCGCUACGGCCAGAGGGUAAAAUUGUAGAAUUUUAAAACUUGACUUUUUUGUUGUAAUUCCCUAAAAUAAACCCCACUUAAAAUAAUUAUUUGGCGGGACUUAAUAGUUUUCCUAAGUAAUAGUGUGCGUCUCUAAGUCAACCAAGUUCCUUAAAAUGUUCACUUUUGCAAAAUUUUAAAGACACUUAGUAAUAGUAAUUAAUUUUCGUAAAAUAUAUUUCAUAUUUCUGCAUGUU